AUGGCCGGAGGCAAGUACAACGUCGGCAUCAUCGGAUAUGGCUUGAGCGCAAAGACAUUCCAUAUCCCCUUCAUCACCGCUGUUCCGGAGUUCAACCUGUACGCCAUUGUGCAGCGGCAUCCAAAACCAGGGGACGAUGCAAGCAAAGAUCACCCCUCAAUCAAGCUAUACCAUUCCGCGGAGGAUCUUGUCAAGGAUGACCAGGUCCAUGUCGUGGUCAUCUCAACGGCUCCAGAAUCUCAUCUACACCUAGCCAAACUAGCGCUGAACGCGAAGAAAAAUGGCACGUUCCUUCCUUUCACGCCGACCGCUGCCGAAGCAAAAGAGCUGACGGAUCUGGCAAAAGCCCAAGGCGUUCUUCUCACCGUCUACCAGAAUCGGCGGUGGGACUCUGACUUCUUGACUGUCAAGAAGUACAUCGAAGACGGUACCCUGGGCAGAAUCGCCGAGUUCGAGACUCAUUUCGACCGUCACCGGCCUGAGCCGCCCGCGGAAAACUGGAAGGCGUACAACAGCCCUGGCAAUGGCGCUGUGUACGAUCUAGGCACCCAUCUGAUCGAUCAAGUUGUGUACCUUUUUGGCAUGCCUCAGCGUAUCACCGGGUUCGUUGGAUCGCAAAGGGAGGUCAAUCCUCACGGGUUGGAGGAUUCUUGCACCGUUCUACUCCACUACGACAAUAUCAAGAUGCUGGCCACCGUCAAGGCAGGCGUCGUCAGUCCUGAAGUCAAUCAAUUACGAUUCUGGGUCCGUGGAGUCAAAGGGUCAUUCAAGAAGUUCCACCUUGAUCCUCAAGAGGAUCAGUUGAGGAAGCUGGGACUGAAGCCGGGAGACAAGGGCUACGGUCUCGAGCCGGAAGAGCACUACGGCACAUUGAACCUCGUCAAGGGUGGCGAGAUUGUGAGCGAGGUCGCCCCGACCAUCACGCCGCCAACAUACAUAGAGUACUACCGGCGUCUGGCGGCAGCUCUGGCUGGCGAUGCCUCGCAAAUUCCGGUUCCUCCUGAGCAAUCCGUCGGAGUAAUUCGGCUUGUAGAACUGGCUCGGGAGAGCUCAAAGCUGGGAAAGACUUUGACUGUAUAG